AUGCCCGGCACCAUCUGGUCCUUCUCGCAAGCGCGGCGCUUGGGCCCGGGGCCAGAGACCACCCUGGUGCAAGGGCCGGGGGUCUCCUGGGUCCACCCGGACGGGGUGGGCGUGCAGAUCGACACCAUCACCCCGGAGAUCCGGGCCCUCUACAACGUGCUGGCCAAGGUGAAGAGGGAGCGCGACGAGUACAAGCGCAGAUGGGAAGAGGAGUACACGGUACGUGUCCAGCUUCAGGACCGGGUGGCUGAGCUGCAGGAGGAAGCCCAGGAGGCUGAAGCCUGCCAGGAGGAGCUGGCCAUGAAGGUGGAGCAGCUCAAGGCAGAGCUUGUUGUCUUCAAGGGACUGAUGAGCAAUAACAUCACAGAGCUGGACACCAAGAUCCAGGAGAAGGCCAUGAAGGUGGACAUGGACAUUUGCCGGCGCAUCGACAUCACUGCCAAGCUGUGUGACGUGGCACAGCAGCGCAACUGCGAGGACAUGAUCAAGAUGUUCCAGCAACUGGUCCCAGCCUCGGCGGGGCGGAAGCGGGAGCGCAAGCAGGUCAGCGAUGAGGACACCUCGCUGUCGGAGAGCGAUGCCUCCCGGAAGCCUGAGGAGGAGGAGGAGGAGGAUGAGACCACGGCCAUGAGCAUCAACGAGGAGAUGCAGAGGAUGCUGAACCAGCUGAGGGAGUAUGACUUUGAGGAUGACUGUGACAGCCUCACGUGGGAGGAGACGGAGGAAACGCUGCUCCUCUGGGAGGACUUCUCUGGAUACGCCAUCGCGGCCGCAGAGGUGCAGGGGGAGGUAACGGACGACAGCCUGGAGAAGGUGAUCAAGGACACAGAGUCCCUUUUCAAGAGCCGUGAGAAGGAGUACCAGGAAACCAUCGACCAAAUAGAGCUGGAGCUGGCCACAGCCAAGAAUGACAUGAACCGGCACCUGCACGAGUACAUGGAGAUGUGCAGCAUGAAGCGAGGCUUGGACGUGCAGAUGGAGACUUGUCGGCGGCUCAUCACCCAGUCUGGGGACAGAAAGUCUCCUGCCUUCACCCCAGCCUCCAACAGCGAGUCAGCCCCGAACGAGGAGAGCGAGGAGUCUGACCGUGACCCCCCCAGCGACGCUUCCAUCAGAUAAUGAGGGGAGGCCCCACUCCUUCAGACCCCCUUCCUGGCACGGGGGUGCCUGAGCCGCACCUGGGAGAGACUGUCAGGGGCGUGGAGCUGCUGGUAAACCCCUGUCGCCCAGGCUAACUCCCGUUUUGGGGUGCUUGGCAGACCCCACAGCCCCCCCAGCCACCAGGUAUCUUGCAAAGGGGAAUAGCCAGAUAGAUCUGAGGGCCCUCGCCCAGGCCUCUCAGCUUCCAGCCCCUUCUCUAUUCCCUUUCCCUGCUUUGGUUAAACUGUGGUUUGGGCAGGGAGGCUCCAGACCUGCCACGGUGGUGUUCUCCAGGGCCCCCCAGACCCACCUACUCCGUCCU